GUGAGAAUUCCAUGUUCCGAAUGAUUGCAAACAUUCUUAACCCAACAAAUGCUGUAGACAUUAAAAAUUCCCAAUUACCUGCCAUUAAAACGUGAUAAUUUUGUGCAAUAAUGGCUGAGGAUGACGAUGUAGACGUGCUUGGUGACUAUAGUUUUGAUUUGCUCAACAAAAACGAUUCUUUUGACGGAACGCCACUAGUUAGUCAAAAUUCCGACCUCUUAAACUGUGACUACACAAUACAUCCGCAAUGGUUACUGGACAAACCAAGCACAAAUCCAGCACUAUGGUAUGACACAAGUGAUCUAGAUGCUUCUGAUUAUGAUGCCCAAGCAGAACCUACUAUUUUGUCACAGCAGAAUUCAAUUACUGAUGAAAGUGGUUGGACAGAAAAGGAGAAGGAUCUUUUGAACAGAGGAAUUGAGAUAUUUGGCAAGUCAAGUUUGAAUUUAUCACAAUUUAUUGGUUCAAGAACUCCGGCAGAGGUGAAAUAUUUCCUUAAGAAUUUUUAUUCCGAUGUGCAGUUAUCAUACACUUCUGUUAAUGAAGAUAUUUUGUUUGAUAAUUGUGUGGAGGAAACAGUGGUGACAUCUGCGAAUGUUUUACAAGAAUAUGAGAUUCCUGCUAGUAUUGAAGAGGUGAUAGAUGCGGUUUCAACAGCGGACACUACCACAGUACAGAGAAAAAGGACGAAUUCAACGAAGAAAUUAAACGGUGGUGGUUCACAUAUAAGUUAUGAUAAGGUUCCAUGUGGACAAAGUUUAUUAAGGUCUAAUUAUCAGAAAUCUAGACAGGAUUCAAUUUUAAAGGGAAAUAGCAGUCCAAGAAUGAAGCAAAGAAGUCCAAAAGUUAAAUUUAAAACAAAGUUGAAAGUUCUCACGAAAAAUGUGAGAAGACCCAGUGUGAAAUCACCAAUAGCCAGAAAAAUCGAAAAAUCUCCAAUCAAACAUCGCAGAAAACAAUCUGAAAGUGAUUCAAGUCAAAAAUCACAAGAGAGUGAUGGUUUAGAAGUAAAGAAAGACUUGAGGAUUGUCACAGGUAAUGGACCAGGUGUCCCCGUUUGUGAUGGUGAAGUAGUCGUGAAAAUUAUAAAGGAAAACGACACAGAAAGUGAUACAGAUGUGGAUAUUGAUGUUGAAGACGGUGAUGAUUUUAUUAAAACAAAGGAUAACUCAACAAUACCUCAAAUAAAAACUGAUAAAGUAGAAGAGAAGCAUGAAGUUGAUCAUCCACCAGAUACACAAAAAGAUUUAAAAACUUCAAAUGUCAAAAAAAAUAAUUUAUCUAACCUCAAUAAAAGUCUACCUAAACGCGGGCCACAAUUUGAAGAACUGCCGGAAUCUGUUAUAAAAGACCUUCUGUCAAUGGAAGAACCUACAGCAGAAGUAUCAAUAUCUCGGGAAGAAAUAAGCGAUGUAGAGAAAUAUCUAUUCUACGAAUUCUUCGAAGGUCGACCGACGAAAACACCAGAAAGAUAUUUACACAUUCGUAACCAUAUUUUAGAAACGUGGAAGAAAACAAAACCAAAGUACGUGCGCAAGACCACAAUACGCAAUGGUUUGAAACAAGCAGGCGAUGUUAAUUUAGUUGGUCGUAUACAUUCGUACCUGGAACAAAUCGCCGCCAUUAACUUCCAGUGUGAAGAGACUAACUAUUGUCGCCCUCUGUUGGAGCUUGCAGCAGUAUCGGUGUCAGCAUCAAAAGAUAAAGCAGUCGUAAUAAAAAGUGAAAUAUUACCGCGACAAAGGACAAAAAAGAAAUACAUUAACGAUGGUGAAGGUGGUUAUACAUUAACUCACGAUGAAAAAGGUGAAAUCAUUAAUACUACAGUCGUUAACGAAGAACCAGCAGUAAAACAACGUAGUUAUCUGAAGAAACCAUCAAUACGAUUGGUUUACUGCCGGCCAUUUACUGAUGAAUAUCCACAAAAAUACUCAAUAAGUUUGGACAUUAGCACCUUAAUCCUAAUGGACCUCCAUGCACACAUGCACCUCACUGAAGUGAUGGGUCUCAUUGGCGGUUACUGGUCGUCUGCUGCCAAACUCGUUAUAAAGCGAUACAUUCCCUGCAGGAACAUUGCAUCAUCCCAGACACACUGCGAUAUGUGCCCGAUAUCGCAAGCAAAAGCAGCGGAAACCUUGCAUGAUGAAAAUUUAGACAUCCUCGGCUGGUAUCACUCGCAUCCUACAUUCGCACCUGAACCCUCCCAGCAGGAUAUCGAAACGCAGUUGAGUGUGCAACAAUGGAUCGGUAAUCGUGUGCCUUGCAUUGGUUUCAUACUCUCGCCGUUCAGUUUGCAUGGCGCGUUGAUCGCGUCGCCAUAUCGCUGCAUGAUUGUCAAUCGAAUGCGUUCCAUUAAACAAGAUGGCGAUUGUCAUAAGGAAGACGUGGAUGAAGAGCAACAGUUGGUGCCUUAUAAAUUUAAAGUUGAUUUGAUUGUGGAGAGAUUAAACGUGGGCCAAUUGAUUGAAAGAGCGAAACAGGUUUUUAGAGAUGAUCGAGACAAUAUAGAGAAAGAAACUAAGAGCCGCGUGGAUUUUGGUAAGGUAUACUUCCAGGAUAACACCAUCACCUACUUAGAUAAAUAUAUUUAUAGUGUAAAAAUGCACUUGGCAAAGUGUUCGGGCAUCAAUAAAAUGACCUGCGACGCCAUCAUCAAUGGUCUAACAAGGAUAUGCAUGCAUUACUCAACUGUGAAUAAGUAAUUUAAUUUAUUAAAAAUAAAUUUAUAUGCUGUUUAA